CUGGGACUUGGUGGGUGUGAGACACCUGCUUAACACGUUGAAUAGCUAGCUGGCAUACAUGUCUGGAGUUGGUGAGAGAAAGCUGGGAUAUAGAUGACAUUUAAAGUCAGGAACACAUACUGUUUGCCAGAUAUAGGCACUAAGGCAGUUGCCAUGAACCAAACAAAGUCUUCUAAUGUAGUUACAAUUAUUAUUUUCAUUUUGCAGAUGUGGAAACUGAGGCUCAGAGUGAAAUGACUUGCUCAAAGCCUCACAACUCAUUGAUAGCAGAGCUGAAUUCACAGCCAGUUACCCGAUUGAGAGUCUGCUCCUGAGCCCUCGGCUCCACGAUGACCCCUUGCCUAAUUCUUCACGGCAUGUCCUAUAUGAGACAUGGAUAGAAUUUGGUUUGGGGGGUGGGUGACCCAGAAAAGAAGAGGACAGAAGCAACAAACCAAGUCACACAGUGAGGGAACAUCCUGAUCCUCGCGGAAGUUGAACUUUGGGGAGCUGCAAGAUGAGACUGGAUGGGGAGGGAUGGACCAGACUGACAGCAGGGCUUAAAUAUUGGCCUGAGGAGUUUCAAGUGGAGGGGGUAGGGAGCAGGGGGCCACUGACAGUUCUUGACGAGGGGCUGUAUGUAGUGAGAGCAGCCCUUGAAAGAGACUCAUCAGACAUGGGCAUGCAGGCUAGACAGGGUCGGGAGGGAUCAGAGAGGAGGAAACGGGCCUGGAAGUUAUUGACACUAUCUGGGUGCGAAGGCUUUGGGUUGAGUCAGUGGGAAUGAGGAAGAAGUGGGGAAACUGAGCGUCACCUGAAGACAUUGCUGAGUAGACACUGGGCCUGAUGCGCUGCGGGGGCUGGAGGCCAUGGAUGAGUCAAGGACAACUUUCCAGACCAGGGGGGCAGAUGAGGAGGUGAUUAAUGCUGCUGGUCUGAACAGAAAAAAGGGAAGUCGGUCGAGAGGGAACUCGGUCCUGACUUUCUUGUUUUGGGGCCGAAUGAACCACAAGGGAACAGAUUUCUGCUUCUCAGGAACCCACAGUCUAGUGUGGGUGACAGCUCUGCACAGAGCUGGCUGGACGGCACGGCAGAGAGAGCUAAGGCAUCUGACAGUGCAGGUGAGAAAUGGUCAGAGGACAGGCCAGGGCCCAGGUGGCUGUGUUUGAUCCGUCACUAGUUGGGGCUGGGGACAGAUUUAGGAAGCUUCCAUCCCCGAGGUCAAAGGCCUGAGUGGAUGAUGUCAGGGAGGGAGAGAGGGUUGCUUGAGGUGAAAACAAACCCUAGGACAGAGCCCCAGGCAUGCUCCUGCCACUUACUAGCUCUGUGUGUCCUUGGACCAGUUUUUUAACCACUGUGGUUGGCCCCCCGACUUCCUCAUCUGUAAAAUGUGGUUCUUACCCGCUAGGGCUGUUGUGAGGACAAUGUAGACUCAUAGAUAUGACUGCUGAGAACACUGCCCAGCUCGUGGUGAGAACUUAGGGAUGUUACUGAGAAGAGAAACCCACAGAGCACUCACUCAUUCGGGGAAGAACCAUAUCCCGAAUCCCUGGGGGAGAAAUGUCAAGAAAGGAGACGGUCCCAGUGAUGAGAGGGAGAUUCGCUGAACCAGCUGGAGACCAGGAAUUUUAUAGACAUCAUCUUAGUUAAUUCUCCCAGCAACACCAGGAGAAUUUUACAUAUGAAGACAGUGAGGUGCAUAGGCUUGUCCUUAGCCACACAACCAGGAACAGGCAGGAGAGGGACUGGGACCAGGGUUGUGGAUAACACUUCCAGAGCAUCUGCAGCCCCAACGUGCUGUUUGUGAGGGGACGGCAAGUUCGGGGAGCGACUAGCGGGGUUUGAGAGGCCCAGAGAGAGUGUGUCCCUAGAGCGUCAGGGCCAAAAACCACACUCUACUAAAAGCUAAAUCACAAGUUGGCAAAGAGGAAAUAGACGUGGGAGGUGUAGACCACAUAUCGGAGAAGGUUGGUCAUGAGUGAAAGGAGAAAUAGGAAGACGGCAUGUUGGGUGUUAGGAGGGAGGGGUGUUGAGGUCAAAGAGAGGUUUUAUGGGAGCAGAGAGACUGGAUUAUGUCAUCAGCAGAGGGGAAGGGGACCACAGGAUGGGAGGGCAUAAAGAGCCAGGGGGUGGGAGCGUCACUGCGGGGAGGAGGCCUCUUGGGGAUGAAGAAGGAAUGAGAUCAAAGCCACAGAUGAAGCAAUUUAGGUUUGGCAGAAGGCAGAAAUAGCCACAACCCACAAAGAAGUUGUAAACGAGAUGGAAAAGGAGUCAAAGAGUACCUGGUUGAGUUCCUCUGCCUCAUUCAUGACAGGAGGAUUCAAGUGUGCCUCGUGAACUGGUGGGACACACUGGAUCAAAAAUAAUUUGUUCUGGAGUGAAGGAGCCCCAGUGCAAGUUGGGUCCAUGUUGUAGUUCAGAAAUGUGUAAGUGUCCCUGCAUGCAGCCAUCAUCCAUUAGCCCAUUCACCUGUCCUUCCAUUCACCUAUCCUUCCAUCCAUCUUUCUAUCCAUCCAUCCAUCCAUCCAUCCACCCACCAUUCACUCACCCUUCCAUCCAUCCACUCAUCCAUUCAACCAUCCACCCAUUCACGCAAUCACCCACCUCUUCAUCCAUUCGAUAGACAUAUUUUAUGAGCACCCACUGAGUGCUAAGUCCUGGAGGUACAAGUUGGAACACAAAACGGGUCCUAUUUUCAAGGAAUGCUCAGCCAUAAACCAACAAUCACAAUGCAGUGUGGAGAGAGCAUGAUGGGGAAGUUAGUGACCUGAGGGCACAGAGGGAAGUGAGGGCGGAAGGAAGGGAGUGGAGGUUUUAAGCUGUGAUCUGAUACAGGGUAGGAGGGAAAAGGAGUGGGGUGUGAGGGAGCAAGGAGAGUGGGCUAGACAGAAGGAACAGCCUGUACAAAGGCUUGGGUGUCACUGAGAGCCUGGCAUUUUCCAGGAACCAAAAGAAGGUUGACACGACUGGAGCAAAGUGAUGUGGUCAGUGGUGGGGCUGGGGACAAAAGUGGAGGCUGGAGAAGCCGGCAGAAAUCUGGACUUUAUUCUCAGAGCAACGGAGAGGCAUUGAAGGAUUUUGAGAGGGAGGAGACUUGCUCAGGUGUGUGUUUUGGGAAGACCCCUGAGCUUUAGGGAGGAGGACAGACUAAGGGGACAAUCCUGGAAGCUGGGAGGUGAGUGCAGGGCUGUGGUCCAGCAGAGAGAUGAAGGGAGAGCCCACGUGGAUGGUGAGAGGAUGAUGGAUUCAAAACACAUCUUGGUGGUCGACGCAACAGGUCUUGCUGAUUGAAUGAGGGAGGUGAGGGGUGACCCUUGUGUAUCUGACCUGCGGAGUCAAGGAGGCCGGCAACCUGUCAGGAACGACUGACUCAUCAGUGAGCACGGCAGGCCCUGGGAACAGGGGAAUGGGACACAUUCUCAGAUGGGGGGAUGACGAUAACAUGUGGGGCCUUCACCGCUCAGCCCCCAUGGGGAAGGCAGCUGUCAGAGGAUGGAGCUGAGUGGAUAAAGACGAGAUCCUCGCCGAGAUGCUCUGCGAGAACCUGGGCAAGCUGCUGCACCUCCUGGAGCCUCAGCUGACACGGGUUCUCCUGAUGAGGAUGGGUGAGGCUCCUGUCUUAGCAGUGCUCCUGGUAGAGUCUGCUAUCAACAACCACUACCUGCUAUUGCUAUCAUCACUGAGGAACCCACAUUCUCCUGGGCUCCCGGUGCCAUGGCCACACUGAAGAUGCUGCUCCUGGUCACCCUUCUCCUGGGGGCUUCUCUGCAGGACACCCAUGCAGCUCGAGCUACCAAUGUGGGCCGGGAGUGCUGCCAGGAGUACUUCAAAGGAGCCAUUCCUGUCAAAAGGCUGAAGACGUGGUACAAGACCUCAGCAGAAUGUCCCAUGCGUGCCGUCGUGUUGGUAACUGUUCUGGGCAGAUCCAUCUGUACAAACCCCGAUGACCUGAGGGUGAGGAAGGCAAUCAAAUACUUGAAAAACACCAUGAAGUCACACAAUUAGGUGUUCUGAUUUCUCCCCGGACCAUUUGGAAACUUCUGGAGGCCUCAGUGUUCGCUGCCCCAAACCCCAGCUGCUUGGGUCCAGUGAAGGCCCUACGAGGACAAAGAGGACCCCAGGUCUCCUUUUCCGAACUGGAACCAUGGCAUGAAAGGACUCCGAUUAAAGUCUCUCUCCCUCA